CUCGAUGACUGCCUGGUUGACUGUGUCUGCUUGUGUGUGCCGUGACGGACAUGUCAACUGAAUGCUUCAACGACAAUGAAACCUGCACGCAGGCAGGGAGGCAGGCAGGUAGCGUCACGCUGUCGUCAAAAGCAUCGGACCAAUCUGAAGCAAUCAGUCUCAAGUCAAGUCAACUUCUGCCUUAACGAUAUGGCCGCCUCCAGCCAUCACAACAACAACACAAAUGCCCUCAUGCCCCGCAGCCCCCUAUAUCUCAUGCAGGCGUCUGUUUGCCGAUCGGUCAGUGGUGUCCGUUGCCAUGGUGCUCAAAGUGGGGCGAUGCUUGGGGGGUGGGGUACGUCCGGGCCUGAUGGCACACACACACACAUACACACACACGCACGCACGCACGCAGAGAGAGAGAGGGAGAGAGGGGGGGAGAGGGAGAGAGAUGGGCAUUCAUUCGACGGUUAGUGGAGGGGUGCGGUGUGCAUGGGCUUACGAAGAAGGUGUCUGGCUGUUCUGAGAGUUUGUUGAACUGUCGGUACACAAACGGAUACUGAAUGCCCGGGUGACGCUCAAUCAGAUAAUUCUCCCUGACACAGAUACACACACGCAGACACACACACACACACAUGCACACAUGGCGAGCCACCUAUCCCCCCCCCUCCACCGCCCACCCACCUGAGUUUGAAGAGCAGGUCGUAUUUCUCGUUGAGUGUGUAGUUGUGGUCGAUGCCCCGGUACAUGUAGCGGAUGUCCCCGCGGACCUUCUCGAUCUCAUACGCAGGCCGCCGACCCUCAUUGAUGUACGCAGUCCGCAUACGAAACCGAACUGAACACACAAACGCAACACAAGCGCACACCCACCCGCCCACCCACACACGCACAAUGACAGAACCACAUUGCCUUGCCUUGCCUCUCGCCCAUUGCGUACGUGAAUUCAUCCAUGAGAGGUCGGCUCUGUCCAUGGGCGCCGGCCCGUACAUGCCUGUGAGUGCCACGAGUGCCAUGGUGAGGAAGGGCCCCGUCCACCCCAGCCCCAGCAGCUGCCGGUUCUCGAACUGCUGCUCCCACACGCGGCUCCAGAAGGGCAUGCGAGUGGGGUUGUGGAUCUGCAGCCAGAAGGCCACAGGCGAGUGCUUGUAGUAGUCACGGAACGACAUCGACUUGUCCAGCUCUGCACAGCGACACCGGCGCACACAAGUAGAGGCAGUGAUGGGGUUGCGUGCGUCGUCCGUGUGCGUGUGUCGGUGUGUGUCUGUGCAGGGGUGGUGUGUGUACUCUUGGGCAUCUCCACGGGCGCCUUGCCGAGCCGUGUCGCCGCGGCCGCCUGCUGCAUAUAUUUCGACAAAACCGCCAUGCUCCCUGCCUGUCCAACAGCUACAACAGACCCUCAGCCCCUCACGACAUCGGC